AUGUGGAGGUACCAGGUGCUACGCGGGAUGUUCUUGUGGUGCGCUCUGGCACAGCUCUGCCGCGCACAGACGGAGAGAGUGUGUAUGGGGACACAAAACGGCCUGAGUACCACAGGGAAGUCUGACAUUCAGUUCAACAUGAUGAAGGAGAGAUACAGCGGCUGUGAGAUCGUAAUGGGAAACUUAGAGAUCACUAUGAUGGAACACCACCGGGACUUCUCGUUUCUGCAGUCCAUCCGGGAGGUGACCGGUCACAUCCUUGUGGCUCUGAAUGAGUUCAGCCGUCUGCCGCUGGAUCACCUCCGGGUGAUACGGGGCAGCUCUCUGUAUGAGGACCAAUUUGCUUUAGCUGUGAUGAUCAAUUACCAGAAGGACGGACAGCGGGGGCUUCAGGAGCUGGGACUCACCCACCUCACAGAGAUCCUGGAGGGAGGAGUGAAGAUCAUCAAGAACAAGUAUCUGAGUUUCGCUCCGGGGGUGAACUGGCUGGACAUCGUGAAGGACAGCGGCGCAAAGAUCAUGAUCCAAGACAACGGACCUGAGAAGUCGUGUGCUGGUUCCUGUGGGGACGUUCCGUGUUGGGGUCCAGAAGCGUCCAAGUGUCAAAUUUUGACUAAAACCGUGUGUGCGCCUCAGUGUAAUGGUCGCUGUUUCGGCCGCAAUCCGAGUGAGUGCUGCCAUAACGAGUGUGCGGGAGGAUGCACCGGGCCCCUGGACACACACUGCUUUGCCUGCCGCAGGUUCAAUAACUCUGGCUCGUGUGUGCGUGAGUGUCCUCAGGCGUUACUCUACAACAAAAACACCUUCAGGAUGGAGGCCAAUCCCAACGCCAAGUACCAGUACGGUUCCAUCUGUGUGGCCCAGUGCCCCUCUAAACUACUGGUGGACGGUAGCUCGUGUGUGGUGAGCUGUCCUCCUGGAACCAUGGAGGCCCAAAAGAACGGAGAGAAGAGAUGCCAGGCCUGUGCUGGUCUCUGUCCUAAAGCGUGUCACGGUACGGGGACCCCAGAUCGACAAACGGUGGAUGCCGCAAACAUUGACAGCUUCAUCAACUGCACCACGAUCCAGGGCAGCCUGCACUUCCUGAUCACCGGGAUCCAGGGUGAUAAUUUCAACAAAGUUCCUCCACUUGAUCCUGAGAAACUGAAGAUCUUCAACACUGUUCGGGAAAUAACAGACAUCCUGAGCAUCCAGUCGUGGCCCGAGAACAUGUCGGAUCUGUCUGUGUUCUCGAACCUGGAGACGAUUGAAGGGCGAAGUCUCUACAAACCAAUGAGCAGCAAAAGGAGCUACUCUCUGAUGGUCAUGAAAAUUCCAUCGCUCACAUCUCUGGGGCUGCGCUCUCUGCGGAGGAUCAACGACGGCAGCGUCUACAUCACCGGCAACAAGAACCUGUGCUACCACCACACCGUGAACUGGAGCAUGAUCUUCAGCAGCAACGUGAAGAAACGACAAAAGCAGAUCGACAUCAAGGAGAACUGCCCCCAACAGACGUGUGCUGCGGAGGGCCAUGUGUGCGACCCCCUGUGUUCUGAUGGCUGCUGGGGCCCAGGGCCCGAUCAGUGUGUGUCCUGUCGAAACUACAGCCGCGGAGGCACCUGUGUAUCCCAGUGCACCACCCUGUCCGGAGAAAGACGGGAGUUUGUCAGUGCAUCUGGAGAGUGUCUGCUCUGUCACUCAGAGUGUAAAGUACAGGAGGGGAAGGAGACCUGUACAGGCCCGGGGGCAGACCAGUGCGUGUCCUGUGCCAGACUGAGGGACGGUCCACACUGUGUCCGCUCGUGUCCUCAGGGGCUCAUGGCCGGAGAGGGGGUCAUCUUUAAGUACCCCAACAAAGCAGGCAGCUGUGAGCCAUGCCAUGCCAACUGCACCCAGGGGUGUUCAGGUCCAAGACUCAAAGACUGUAUUGGAGCAGCCAGUCUGAACGUCACAGCUGUUGUCCUGGGAGUCAUCGCGCUGCUGUUCGUUAGCUUCUCCGUCUUUUUGCUCACAGUGCUGUACCGCCGCGGCCUCGCCAUCCGCCGCAAACGAGCCAUGAGGAGAUACAUGGAGAACGGAGAGAGAUUUGAGCCUCUGGAUCCCGGGGAAAAAGGACCCAAAGUCUCCGCCCGGAUCCUGAAGCCGUCUGACAUCCGCAAAAUCAAACCUCUGGGAAAUGGCGUCUUUGGGACCGUCCAUAAGGGUGUGUGGAUUCCUGAGGGGGACACGGUGAAACUUCCGGUGGCAAUAAAAACGAUCCACGACCGAACGGGACGGCAGACUUUCUAUGAGAUAACAGACCACAUGAUGGUGAUGGGCAGUCUGGACCACAUAAACGUGGUCAGGAUCCUGGGAGUCUGCCCCGGGGCGUCUCUGCAGCUGGUGUCUCAGCUCAGCUCUCAGGGCUCUCUGCUUGAAUACGUCCGAAAACACAACGACAAACUCACUCCUCAGAGACUGCUCAACUGGUGUGUUCAGAUUGCCAAGGGCAUGUACUUCUUGGAAGAGAACCGGAUGGUGCAUCGGAACCUCGCGGCUCGGAAUGUUCUGCUGCGUAACAACCUCACAGCUCAGAUCUCAGAUUACGGUGUGGCCGACCUGCUGUACCCCGACGACAAGAAGAUCUACUACAACGAAGCCAAGACGCCGAUCAAAUGGAUGGCCUUAGAGAGCAUCCUGUUUCGCAGAUACACACAUCAGAGCGACGUCUGGAGCUAUGGAGUGACGAUCUGGGAGAUGAUGUCCUACGGAGUGGAGCCCUACGUAAACAUGCGUCCGCAAGAAGUGCCUGACCUCCUGGAGAAAGGAGAAAGACUGUCCCAGCCUCACAUCUGCACCAUCGACGUCUACAUGGUCAUGGUCAAAUGUUGGAUGAUUGAUGAGAAUAUCAGACCCACAUUCAAAGAGCUAGCCAACGAGUUUACAAGGAUGGCCAGGGAUCCGCCUCGAUACCUGGUGAUCAAGGAGGAGUACGGUCAGCCCGAGCCAGCCCUGGACGAUCCGGUCCAGCGCAGUGUGGAUCUGGAUGAGCUCGAGGACCUGGACCUGGCUCUUGACCAAGACCAGGACCUGGACAUGGACCUAGACCCAGUCUCUGUGGCUCCGCCUCAGUACCUGCCCCAGUCUAGGAGCAUGAGCCGCCUCUUGCGCAUGGACAGCCACCGGGUGCAGAUACCAGCUGCUGGAGAGACUGGUUAUCUCCCCAUGACCCCUGGAGGGGAUGCACAUGUGCAGACUCGCUCCCGUCUGGACUCCACUCGCUCCACUUGUACGGUCUCUGAGAGCUCAGAGGGCUGUGGUUUGGCUGAGGCAGAGAGUGAGGAGGGGCCUGUACGGGGCAGUGUGAUGCUGAAGAGUCACCAAGAGGACAGUCUGUCAGGGGACACGGAGACACCGUCCACCGAGCUGCAGGAGGAGGACCACUACGGCUACGUGCUCCCACGAGACAGCCCAGAGAAAGACACGUUGCUGUCUCGUCCGCGGCGUCUCUCCUUCAGGUCAAUAAGGAACUCCUCGUCGGCUCCUCUACUGGACGACCCUGACGAGGCUGAGUAUGAAUACAUGAACAGACAGCGCUCUUCAGCAUCAGCGCACGACGUCAGCAAACGUCACAAAACCAACAAGAAACGCACGUCAUCUCUGUCGUCGUACGCCACCACCAGCUCUGGAGACAUCACCCCCACAGCCGAGCACCGAGGCUCCUUCAAUCCCGCCGACCUGGAGCCGUUUGGGAAUGCCGACGUCCAGUAUGAGUACAUGGACAUCAGGGGGAACGGAGAGUCCCCGCCCGCUCACGACCCGCCGCCGAUCCCGUCCAAGAUCCACAUUGACGAUGACUCUGACGAUGACUACAGCUACACCAACAGCCAGCCCAAACUUCACAGAGCUUUGCAGAAUCAGCUCAGGGUCCGAGGGGAGGAGGGGGAGGAGCAGUACGAAGACAUGGACUCGUACGCUGUCAUGAGGAAAGGUGAGACGGUUGUGUAUCAGAACCUUGGUGGGAAUUCUGAAGGUCCACGGAGCGGAUUCAAUGGCUACGUAAAGGUGGCAGCAGGGGUGGGGGUGGGGGCGGGGGACGCUGCCUCUGUGGAUCGGUCGUUUGAUAACCCGGAUUAUUGGCAUAGCAGAAUGUACCUGAAGACCAGCGCCGUGCCCACAUGA